AUGGGGCUUCAUCUCAUUCUUUUUACCUUUUUCUCGAUUACCUUUGCCACCAUAGAUACGUGUGUAGGUGCUCAAAAUUGUUCUGAAGAAGAAGUAUUAGCUCUACUCAAGUUUAAACGUAGCAUCAAAGAUGACUUCAAAAUGCUCUCAUCAUGGGUUAGCACUGAUUGUUGCUCAUGGAAAGGAGUCCGUUGUGAUGAUUACACAGGAAGUGUUGUUGGCCUACAUCUAAGAGGUAAUAUAACGCGUUCUUAUUCAUGUAAUUAUGGAGGCAUUAGCUACGCCUCAGUUGUUGAAGACAAUAGCCUUAUUAGUGAAGACUAUUACUUAUUUGGUGAAGAGGUGAGCUCCUCUUUAGCGGAUUUGAGGCACUUAAAAUCCCUUGACUUGAGUGGGAAUGAUUUUCAUGGAAUCCGGAUUCCAGAGUUCAUUGGAUCCUUGAAAAAACUAAAUUACCUAAAUCUCUCUAACACAGGUUUCAUGGGUAUUAUUCCGCAUCACAUUGGAAAUCUUUCCAAUUUGAAGUCUCUUGAUCUCAAUUCAUUAUCAGUAUCACAAAACUUGAUGGUGGAUGAUAUGGCAUGGAUUUCUGGCCUUUCAUCACUCGAACAUCUUGACUUAAAUGGAGUGGAUCUUAAUCAAGCACCAAAUCGUCACAUGGUGCUUUACAUUAUUCCUUCGUUAAUAGAUUUAAGUUUGUCAUGUUGUGGUAUUUCAAAUGUCGAUCUUGUUCCUUAUGUUAAUUUGAGUAAAAGCCUUCCCAAUGUCAUAAACCUGGAUCUUAGCUUCAAUUCAAUUGAAGGAAAAUUUCCUUCUGUUUUAACAAACAUGAGUUUGUUAUCGACCCUUGAUCUUUCGGGAAACAGUUUAAGUUCAUCGAUUCCUGUCAUACAUAGCUUGUUAAACCUUGACCUUUCAUAUAACAACUUUGAGCAUAUUGGAAUCUGGAAUCAAUGUCACCUUAAAAGUUUGAUUGUUUCGAACAAUAAUCUUGGACUAGAAAUGAUUGGCCCAUCAACAAACAUAUCCACAUGUCCAAAUUAUUCGUUUGAGAUAUUGGAUUUAUUUGGGAAUGGAUUAAAUGAUAUAAGCCUUGAAUCCCUUGGAAGACUAACGACUUUAAGAGUAUUAAAUCUUGGGUCAAACAGAUUAAAAGGUCAAAUCCAUGAAGCUUUGGGAAGAUUAAAAUUGUUACAAAUAUUAGAUCUAUCUUUGAACCAGUUAGAGGGACCCAUUCCGACAUUUCUCGGGCAGCUGACCGAACUUGAUCUUUCUUAUAAUCACUUGACCGGUCCAAUUCCAGAAUCUUUUGGAAAUUUAGUAGAUUUAACGGUUUUGAAUCUGAAUUCGAAUCAGUUAAUGGGUCCCAUCCCAGAAUCUCUAGAAAGACUAGAUUCACUACAAGUAUUUUCAGUGUCUUCAAAUUCGUUAAAUGGGACUAUUCCAGUUUCAAUUGGGCAACUCACGCAUCUCAAUUUUCUAGAUGUCUCGAACAAUUCUUUAGAAGGAUUAGUUUCUGAAUCCCAUUUUGCUAAUCUUUCAAGGUUGAAGUACUUGGAUAUGAGUUCGAAUAGGAAUUUGACAUUCCAUGUUUCUGGUGAUUGGAUACCUCGAUUCCAGUUAAAAACCCUUGGACUCGGUUCUUGCAAGAUUUCAGAUGAAUUUCCACAGUGGAUUCAAACUCAAAGGAAUCUUGAUAAGUUAGUGUUGUCGAAUGCUAGUAUUUCUGGAGCUUUACCCACAUGGUUGCAACAGAUGCCCAUCAUUAGUUUCUUAGAUCUCUCUCACAAUAAUUUGAGUGGAUCAUUGAGAAAUCUUCCAAAUGGGUUUACAGACGAGUAUGGAGGUUCACUAUAUGUUCAAAAUAAUCUUUUCAAUGGGUUGAUUCCGAGAUCAUUGUGCAAAAGGACUUCUUUGAAUAUUCUUGAUCUUUCCAGAAAUAGGUUAACCGGGAAAAUUCCGAAAUGUUUAGAGAAUCUGAAAAACUUGCGUAUGAUGCUAUUCAGUUCAAAUCGGUUGUCUGGUGUUAUUCCAAGAUCAUUAGGUCAUGUUUCUCCAUCAUUGUCAUGGUUGAAUUUGAAUGACAAUAGCUUCACUGGAGAGAUUCCUCAAGAUUUGGGGAAGCUAAAAGCGUUGAGAGUUUUAGAUUUCGGUGAUAAUAAACUCUCUGGAAACAUACCGAAAUGGAUCGGAGAAAAUGUAACGACAUUGAUGGUUCUUAGGUUGCAUAACAACAACUUCACCGGAAGAAUUCCACGAUCUUUAUGCAGAAAUUCGAAUCUUCAAAUUUUAGAUGUUGCAUACAACGGAUUAACAGGAUCUAUCCCUCGUUGUUUUGGGGAGUUGAAUGGCAUGAUUGAGAAAAGAGAGCAAGAUAUUCGUAAUGGAAGUUCCAGUUUUGGGGAGACAGUGAUUCAGGUCAUGAAAGGAGUUGAUCUUGAAUAUACAAAAACUUUGGGUUUAGUUUUUAACAUGGAUCUUUCAAGCAAUAAGCUCAUGGGAGAAAUACCUAAAGAGCUAACUUCACUUUCUUUGUUGGUGGGUCUUAAUUUGUCUCAUAAUCAUCUAAUUGGGGUUAUUCCAGAAAGAAUCGGAAACAUGAAGUUGUUAUUUUCCCUUGAUUUCUCAGGAAAUGAGUUGAGUGGGAUGAUUCCUCAAACGUUAGCAGCUUUGAAUUUCUUGAGCCAUUUGAAUUUGUCACACAACAACUUGUCAGGACGAAUUCCAACAGGAAAUCAAUUGCAAACCCUAACAGAUCCAUCGAUAUAUGCUGGUAAUAUAGAUCUUUGUGGUGCUCCACUCCCGAAUGAUUGCUCCAAUUAUGAAGACCCAAGAACCAGAACAAGCAACAACAAACUCGAAGCAAAUGAUGUGUCUGAGAUAUGGUUUUACUUGGGCGCUAUGUGUGGUUUAUCAGUAGGGUUUUGGGGUGUUAUUGGAGUUUUGGUGUUCAAGAAGCAAUGGAGAAAGAAGCUUUUCAUGUUCGUCGAAGUAACCAUGGACAUGGUAAAGGUUGCAGUCACCAUUAGAGUUUCCAAGAUGAAAAGAGGGAGAGAAGCUGCAUAG